AUAAAUAUAUGGGGAAUUUCAAAUAUUUUGAAAAAUGAAAAAAUGCUAAAUAGUAUAUUUUAACUAAAAAUCCUCCAUGAAUGCCAAUGAAAACAUGCCUUAUGAUAGAUCUAUGUGCUAUGAACUAUAAUCAUAAUAGAGUCGAUAUGUAACUUUUACAGUAUCAAAAAGUAAUUUACAAUUGGAUUAAAUGGCUAUGAAUUUUAUAAAUUCUUAAAUACUUUUGGAUAAAUACUAAAGAGAAAAGAAAGCUGCUUUCAAUGAUUUGUGGUGAGAGUGUGAAAGAAUACCUUGAACCUAGAUUCGAGUGUCCUAUUUGUUUAACUUGGCUGCGUGAUCCAGUUUUAACAUCUUGUGGUCAUAAAUUCUGUUCGCAAUGUAUAUACACUUGGCUUCAAAAAGAAGGUGCUUGUUGUCCAGUUGAUGGUAAAAGUCUAAGAUCUGAAAGUGAUUUAUUCAGAGACUUAUACACAAGCAGAGAAAUAUCUCAACAACGUAUACCUUGUCUUUACCAACAAUUUGGCUGUGAGAUUAAAAUGUCUCCAGUAGAUAUGGAAGCGCAUAUAAAUGAAUGUACUUAUAAACAAUGUCUUCCAGAUUCACAAAUUAUAUAUUGUUCCUUUAAGAAUGUUGGUUGCAUGGAAACUUUUCAUAAUGAAGAAGAUUUACAUGCACAUGUAGAAGGAAAUAUAAAUAUCCAUUUAACUAUGAUGGCGAAAAUAUUACCACAACUCUCUGUUUUAAAAAGUAAUGUUAAUGCUGCAGCUGUAGAAUCGAAAUUAUGGGAUCCUCCACCAAAAAGUACAAUGGAAAAAAAUGAACCACCAUUAGAAUGGCAACAAUUAUUAAAAAAUCUGUAUGAAAGGAUAGUGGUAUUGGAACAACAAAGUAAAGAACUGUCUAUAACUGUUUCUAAUCAAAAAACUCAACUCACAACUUUGCAAACUUCUUUGCGAUGUAGUCAGGAAGAAAUGUUUUUACGUAGUUGUAAUGGGGUUUAUAUUUGGAGAUUACCUUCCUUUCAUGAAAAACUUGAAAGCAUGAUGAAGGAUUCAUUAAAAAUGUUUUAUAGUCCUGGCUUUUAUACUAGCCCUAAUGGUUACAAAAUCUGUGCCAGAAUUAAUAUAUCUUCUAAAGAACCUAAAUUUCUGUCACUUCUUCUGCAUAUAAUGAAGUCGGAAAAUGACGACGGUUUAGAUUGGCCAUUUAAUGGAACAAUGUAUUUUGUUUUAGUCCACCCACAUAAUUGGGAGAAAGAUAUACGAGAAAUAACUUCUUCAAGACCAGAUCUUGAAGCAUUUAGAAAACCAGUAUGUGAAUUGAAUAAACGAAGCUUUGGCUAUACAGAAUUCGUACGAAUACAAGAUUUACCUGAUUUUUUGCAAAAUGAUUGUUUAAUUUUUAGAAUAGAAGUUCGUGUUUAUGAUAAAUUUAGAACACCAAUAUAAUUGAAGAAUGUUAAUAACAUUUUCCUCUUUGUUUAAAGUAGGAAUCAUUUUUGAAAAACUUCCGUCCUUGCAAAUUUAUAAUAUCAAAAAACAUACAUUAAGUAUAUAAAAAACCAUUA